CCUCUACCUGGUAGUUAUUUUUCGACAUCAUCUCUGCUCGGAAGAGACAGGCAGGCAACCAGCGGAUCAGCCACCACCGCGAUGGCCGGAGUCGUGUCCAAGGUCGCCGUCAUUGGCAGCGGCAUUUCUGGAGCAGUGUGCGCGUCAAUUCUGGCGAAGAAUGGAAUUUCUGUCACUGUGUUCGAGUCCGCCAGAGGUCCCGGCGGGCGCAUGUCUCACCGAAGAGAAACUUCGGAAGAUGGGAGAGAGUUGUCGUUCGACCACGGGGCGCCGUACUUCACUGUGAAUUCUAAAAAUUUAGAGGUGCAAAGUAUUAUCAAUGAGUGGGAGUCCAGAGGUCUUAUCGCUGAGUGGAAAGAGACGUUUGGCUCAUUUGAUUUUAGCACCAAAAAGUUCGUCAAUGUUGACGAGGAAGGAUCAAACAAAAGAUAUGUUGGUGUCCCAGGAAUGAACUCUAUCUGCAGAGCAUUAUGCCACGAGCCUGGAGUUGAAAGCCGGUUUGGGCUUGGCAUUGGAAGGGUGAAUUGGUUGGAGGAUAUCGACAUGUGGUCCUUGACAAGUUUGGAUGGACAUGAUGCUGGCCAUUUUAGGGGAGUGGUGACAUCUGACAAAAACACAUUUUCCUCCCGGUUUACAAAUGUCACAGGAAAACCACCACCUAUUGACUUGAACUCCAUUUCAGACAUGGCUUUGCAAAUUAAAGAAGUUCCAACUAUUCCCUGCUUUGCCCUUAUGCUGGCAUUCGAACAGCCUCUGUCAUCAAUACCUAUAAAAGGCAUCUCAUUCAAGAAUUCAGAAGUUCUAAGCUGGGCUUACUGUGAUAGCAGCAAGCCAGGACGUUUGACCAGUAGGUUGGUUUAUGUCUGCGAGCUCUGGGUUCUGCAUUCUACGGCUGAAUACGCACAACAUAUAAUCUCUCAAGCUGGGUUCCAGAAGCCUUCUAGUGCAUUAUUGACAAAAGUUGCUGAGGAACUAUUUGAAGAAUUCCAAAGCACUGGACUUGACAUCUCACAGCCAUAUUUCAAGAAAGCUCACAGAUGGGGAGGUGCCUUCCCUGCUGCUAGCAUUGCCGGAGAGGAGAAAUGCUUUUGGAUUGCACAGAAGAGAUUAGCAAUUUGUGGGGACUUCUGCGUCAGUCCGAAUGUUGAAGGUGCUAUAGGCAGCGGCAUGGAAGCAGCUGCAAAGGUUAUCAAGGGGAUGAGGCUGACUCCCUUGUAGGCUUGAUAAUAAAGAUGAUUGUUCCACGCCGCCCUCAUAAUCUCCUCAUCAUAACAUGAAUCGUUUGAUGACGAAGAAGGAUUCCAGUUAUAUAGUCCAAGCUCAACCGGCGACGCCCUAAUUGAUGAUGAACUGCCGUUGUGAUCAGUAAGAGCAG